GCCCGGAAUAGACAGUCUGCUCCACGCCACCGAUCACGUCGUUUCGUUCUGUUCGCUUUCCAAAUAUUACGUGCAAAAUUCGGACACAGUCCAGACCGGUCAUUCUUUAAAUAUUGUGUACGUCCUAAUUCUCUCUCGCGUCGCCUUUUGUCGCUAGUUUUAAUUUCAGUGGCUUGGGACAGUUUAGGUUAUUUCCGCGUGACUGUGAUUGUGAUGUACUGAAAGGUUGUGAAACGUAAGCAAUAUCGUAAUCAGUAGUUUCGUUGCCGCGUUUUUGUGUGUAGUUGAUAAGGUGCUACAGGGUAUUGGUGCGAUUGGGUUGAAGAUAGUAACAGGUUCGGCGUCGGGUGCGCGAAUCGCGUGAUUCGGGAUUCGCGUAUUUUAUCUGCGGUGUAGUGUGUUCGCGCUGUAGAGCGCGGACGGCGGAGGUCGGGCGAGCGCCGGCGCCGCGGCUGUCAAGGUGCGUGGCGCGCAUGUGCGAUGCGAUGCGUGACAAACUCGCCGCGCUGCUGCGAGGCUCAGUGCGCGCGGGCGCGCUUGCACACAACACGGACAAGUUGCAGAACGGUUCGAUCACACCCGUACUCGUGUUUCCGGAUGAAGGGGGCACACGCGAAGGCGGACUGGUGUGGCGCGGGUGCUCCGCCGGCUUCGGCGCCGAGGAUGGCGCGGCGGGAGCGCUCGCCGACGGCAACGUCAACCCAGGAGACAAGUUGGAGGGGUCGGACGCAGCUGCGGACGACCCUGUUCACCUCAAGAGACGGGUGGGACUCUUCAGUGGGGUGGCUUUAAUUGUUGGUACCAUGAUAGGUUCAGGAAUAUUCGUCUCGCCCUCUGGGCUGUUGGAGCGCACCGGCUCAGUGGGCAUAAGUUUCAUCAUCUGGAUGGCUUGCGGCCUGCUCUCGCUACUUGGAGCGCUCGCGUAUGCGGAGCUGGGUACAAUGAAUACGUCGUCGGGUGCUGAGUACGCCUAUUUCAUGGACGCAUUCGGCGCGCCACCCGCAUUUUUGUUUUCAUGGGUGUCGACAUUGGUGCUGAAGCCGUCUCAAAUGGCUAUAAUUUGUCUGAGUUUCGCUAAAUACGCGGUUGAACCGUUUGUAUCGGAGUGCGAGCCACCCAGCAGCCUCGUCAAGCUCGUCGCGGUCAUUUCCAUUGUGAUGAUCUUGGCAGUGAACUGCUACAGCGUGAACCUAGCCACGAACGUGCAAAACAUCUUCACGGCUGCCAAACUUGUGGCGAUAGCGAUUAUCGUCUGCGGCGGAGCUUACAAAUUAAUAUUAGGUAAUACGCGACAUUUACAGGAGCCCAACUUCGCCAGUAGUACGGCGACUCUGGGCAACAUUGCCACCGCAUUCUACACCGGCCUCUGGGCCUACGACGGUUGGAAUAACCUCAACUAUGUGACUGAGGAAAUUAAGAAUCCAUCCAGGAAUCUCCCACUGAGCAUAAUAAUCGGCAUCCCGCUGGUGACGCUGUGCUACGCGCUGGUGAACGUGUCUUACUUGGCCGUCAUGUCGGUGAGCGAGAUGGCCGACAGCGAGGCGGUGGCGGUGACGUUCGGCAACCGGCUCCUGGGGCCAAUGGCGUGGCUCAUGCCGCUGGCGGUCACUAUAUCCACGUUCGGGUCGGCUAAUGGAACGCUGUUUGUUGCGGGAAGGUUGUGCUUUGCAGCAUCGCGAGAAGGGCACCUGCUUGACAUCCUAUCAUACGUCCACGUGAGACGAUUCACUCCGGCUCCCGGCCUCAUUUUUCAUUCGCUGAUAGCGGUGGCCAUGGUCCUGUACGGCACGAUAGACUCGCUGAUCGACUUCUUCUCGUUCACGGCGUGGAUCUUCUACGGCGGCGCCAUGCUGGCUCUGAUUGUGAUGAGACACACGAAGCCCCAUGCACCUAGACCUUAUAAGGUGCCAAUAAUAAUCCCGUAUGUGGUGCUGCUCGUAUCAGCAUACCUGGUGGUGGCGCCCAUCGUGGACAAGCCGCAGUGGGAGUACCUGUACGCCACCGCCUUCAUCUUCGGCGGGCUGCUCGUCUACCUACCCUUCGUCAAGUGGGGCUACUCGCUGCCGUUCAUGGAUAAAAUUACAGUUUUUCUGCAAAUGGUACUGGAGGUGGUACCGACGUCGACAACCUUUGAAUAUUAAGUCUCUGCUAGACUUUAAAAAGCAUUUGUGACAAAGAUAGACAUUAUCAUAAUAUUACAAUACAUUACUACUACCUACUUGAAUAUUUUGUUAGUAAGAUCAUUUUCAAUGUUGGUGUUGCAUCUUAGAGCCAAUUUCAAGAGAUGAAUAUUCGUAGAUAUAAAAUUAAAAAUUGGAGAGAACUAUGCCAAAAAAUAAAUUGGUUGUUGUAUUUUUUGACUGAAACAUGUUCCUUGGCCAUAUUUUCAUUAGGAAACGAGACCCAUUUCGUAUUUUAAAAUAAAUUUGUUAUGUAUUCCGAAUUACUUACUUAUUGUUAUGUCUCAAUUAAUUAAAUUGUGAAAAUUUGAUAGAAACUUUACAUAAAAUUUAAUAACAGUUUCCAACAGGGUGAAGGAGGCAGUUUAAUUUUGAUAAAAUACGAUGUACUUUUAUGUUUUUAAAUUGUUAAUAAAAUUUACACGAAACAUAGCGCUACGAAUUUAAAUUAAAUAGCUAGAAGGAAAGAAUUUAUUGUAAAGCGUAAAAUUUUUAAUUGAUUCUUUACAAAUUGGUUCACGAUAACCGCAUGAGGUUUAAUACUCAACUUUCAUUCAUUAUGCACAAGUUUCUCUGCAUUGCAUUUUUUAAGUUGCCUCCUUCUUCCGAUACGUCAAAAAAUAGAGACGAUAUUGCUUACAAACUUUGAAGGUCGUUAUAAUUUUAUAAUAUUAUUUUUUAUCUUCGUUACUCUUUUAUUUUUAAGCCGACUAGCGGCAUUUGUGAAUCUUUAGAUUAGUAUUUUCAUUGUUCAUUUCGUUAGUUUGCACGAAUCAUUCCCGUGAGGGUCAGGCGAAGCGAGGUACGCAAGACUAAGUGGUUGUCUAGACGGCUCCCCAUGGAUUACAUACUUUGGAAUUGCGUCUCUUUACGAAUCUCGUUAGCCUUGGAGCCCUAUUCGUGUAACUAUGAGUGAUUGUGCUAAACUCAUAGUCAGUAGUUCAUCUCAUCAUAGUCGACCUUAGAAUUGAAAAAUACAGUAAAAUUAUAGUAAUGUGUUAAUUAAUUUAUUCUUUAUUUUGCGGUUGUUUACUCACAUUACAUGGGAUAGCAAAUGUAACGCGUUGUUAUGCUUUAACUCCAGUUUACUUUUGCUAAGUACUCUACCUAAGAUAUUUAGCAUGCUUCUAAAGACAAUUGCAUGCGUUUUGGAAGCAAUGUGCUUGUUCGCAUUGGAAUAAACGAAAGUUAUAUGAAUCUGAUAUAGAACAGAUCUUAUGAAACUGGAGUAAUUAUUAUUAUUGUUAGGCUAUCCCAUUUUAAAGACUUAAGUGUGUUUUUUCUAACGAUUUUAAGCAUGUCUGACAGUUGAGCUUUGCGACCGGUAAAAUUUGGUCCUAUCAUUCCUUGCCGGGGCAAAAUGACCUGUCGACAUCUCGUUCUUAUAAAGUUAUUUUUAUAUUUUAUUAAUGUAAUUAUAAUUUUGUCAGAGAUUAUUUUGAAAACUCAAUUAAUAUAUGGGUUAGUGAAGUUACGUAUAGUAACAUUGUGCUUAGUUGAUGCGUUGCCUGUAGAGUUAACUAUUCGCGUAAACAGCGAUGAAUAUAAAAAUAUAUGUAUUGUUUUACGAAAAAAACGGGCACAUAAUAAGUACACACCUCUAACGAUGUGAUAUUGUUAUGGGUAAAACUAAUGGUUUUAUUUUGUGUACAGAAAUAUCAAUGAAUGAAUAUGUACUACAUAAAUGUAACCUACUUUAUCUAUGUACUUAUCUCUGAAAGAGAACAGAAAUUAAAUAUUUAUUGUUAUACACUACCA